UUUUUAAUUUUUUUUUUCAUUUUUUAUUCAAGACAAAAAAUGGAGAACGUCCAUCGCCGUGGUGUUUCUGAGAGGGCAGGAGAGACAAACGUGCCUUGGAACUAAAACCAUGAAGCGGUUUUGACAAUUUACCGUGAAGCACGAGCGCGGCUCAGCCCUGUUCGUCUGUCGUUUCCUUUUUUUUGUUUCAUUUUUGGUGGAGCAGCAGGCGACCAUAUUCGAAACAAAUUCCUGUGCUGCUCGGAAAAAUUACCUACAGAAUCCAGCUUUUCCCCCCCCGUUUGACGCCAGCGUGACCGCCGCCUGAGCUGCGUCUCCGGCCAGUGGCGGUUCCCGUGUGUAAAAUUAAACCAGCCGAGGACCUGAGCGGUGCGGGCUGAGCACCCGAACCCCGAAAGGACGCGAGGAGACCGGGGGGAGGCAGGGCAGCGGCGAGCAGAGACCGGCGAUGGGCUCGCAGUUUCGCUUUCGCCCAAAAUAAGGAGACAGACCAUGCAUCCGUCCGUCUGCCGGGGACCGGGUCGCGAGUGACCGAGGACAGAGAGCGAGAGACCCGUCACGAUAAGACUCCCUCCCCUCCCCCUACUGCUGUAUCAUUUCAUUUUAUUUUUUAAAUUAAACCCCCAAAGUUGUUUGAAUGCCCGAACUAGGAGCAUGCGCCUCGGAACCAGCAGUGUGUGCAGUGCCAGUUGAAGCAGGCAGUGGGGAUGUCUGGCAGUAAGGCUCUGGGCGGUGCCCGGCGGCGCAGGACGCGGUGCCGGCGAUGCCAGGCCUGCAUGCGGACAGAGUGCGGAGAGUGCCACUUCUGUAAGGACAUGAAGAAAUUUGGUGGGCCGGGGCGCAUGAAGCAGUCCUGCCUGCUCCGACAGUGUACUGCACCAGUGCUACCCCACACAGCCGUGUGCCUGUCCUGCGGUGAGGCUGGGAAGGAGGACACGGUGGACUCGGAGGAGGAGAAGUUCAGCCUGUCCUUGAUGGAGUGUACCAUCUGCAACGAGAUCAUCCACCCAGGCUGCCUCAAGGUGGGUGCCCCUGCGCGCACACAUGCACCCCUCUGCCUUGUGUCCCUCGCGCCUGCCCCUGGCAGAGAAGGUGAGCAAGCGCAGGUAGAGAUCGGUCACAGCAUGGAGCCAGCUCCGGUAGUGAAGGGUGGUAUUGAUUAG